UUUUUUUAAUUUUUUAAUUAAAAAAAUUUUUAAAAGCUUCAGCUGAGUGGAUGAAUUUUUUUUUUUCCCCCGCAAGUGAACCCUAUCCUUAAUUCCUCUUUUGUAAGCUGGAGGGAGACCUACCUGGGGGCAACUCCAGUCUCAGAGAGAUUGUAGAGAAAUGCCUUGUAAACGGUUUAAUAAUUUAGUUAGAUCUCUCCAUGUGGAUGAUGAUUCUGGUGGAUAUUUUCCUCUCUCCUCCCUGGCUUCCCUGGGUGAGAAUGAGCGCGGGCAGAUUUAAACAUCUAGGUUGGUCCCCCGCUGCCCCAAGCCACCCACCCACUCAGACCACACCCGAGCGGCUGCCUCCCCCUGUCGUUUAGUGUGUCCUCAGGGGAAGCAGACUCAUUUCAGUAUAAGCUCAAGCAAACUGUAAUUAGGACAGUAAAUCUGCUGUUUAACCAAAAAAAAAAAAAAAAAAAGUCCUAGGACAGGUUUCAGGGUCCUGGACAUCCUUCCUUUGAUGCUGAAGGAAGGAUGGGAGAGACCUGGCCUUUGAUUUAAUUUCUCCCAGUUUGGGAACAGAGUCCAGGACAUGGCAACCAUGUUUACUGAAAAUGCAACACGGCUUAAAAUCUACUGUGAGAUCGUCUGAGGCUGCAGGAAUGGGGACCUGACUUCAUGAAAGUCUUUUUUUUCUUUCCAUGCCUUGCAGUAUGACUGACCACAGCAUCCGUCCUGCACCAGCACCCUCACCUCCUUUCCAGGGCAUUUACCACGUCAGUGGCAGUGCACCAAGGGCUGUAGAUGUGUUUUCUCAGUCAGUCUGCGCAACAGCCUUAGAGGCAGGUUCUGUCAUCUGCAUUUUACCCCCAUUUUAUGGAUGAAAAAAACUGAGGUUGAGAGAGGCAAGUGACUUUCCCCGGGUUGCACAGCAUGCAAGUGGAGCAACUGGAUUUGAAGGGUGUGUGCUCCUAGCCUCUGUGCUGUAUUGCAACUGCUCAGUCUGAGAACCGCAGAUCACCACGCCAGGCUGAAGGCUACCUCCCCACCAAGCCUGUUUCCCUUCCCUCGUUCCUUCUUGGCAUGAUCCACACUUCUGUAAACCUCAGGCUUAGUGGCCACUCAGCCACUGCCUCUCACUGAGCUCCCCACCUGGGCUGCUUCCUAGAUGAGAAGGAGGGAUUAUUACUCUCAGUGUACACCAGUCACCAGGCCUCCUGGUGCCGGUGCUAGGGUGUGGCAGGCAGGCCAUUUCCUCCCCGUGAGCCUCAGUGUCCCAGACUAGAAAGCGGAGGCUGGGGCCAUCUGGAGAGCCCCUUGGGUUCACCCCAGAGGGACAGGUGUCCCUUUCCUGUGGGAGCUUGCCCGCAGUGGGGUACGGCAGCCUCCAGAAAGCGCUCUUUGCUUAAUAGCACCCGACCUUGCUCUGCCUGCUCAGCGUUUUGAUUGCUAAAUUUAUAGUGUUAGUUUGCCUUCUUCAUGAGUGUCUUUAAAAGAACACCGGAGGCCUCUCCUGAAAGAGUUUUCUGUCUCGGGUGGACCCUGAGCCUCCCGAGCACAGGGGAGGCUCUGCCUGGCCAGCUGUGUCUCCCUCCCCCGCCUUUGCCUUACUGUCCCCCAGCCAUUUGGCUCCACACUGACCAGGCCUGCUCUGUGCCACAGGCAGGUCCUUCCAGCUUUCCUGUGCGGGACCAUCGCAACCGGGGAGCUUGGCCUCCGGUGACCUCCCUCUUUCCUAGGAAGAUGUUCCUGGUGGGCCUGACAGGGGGCAUUGCCUCAGGCAAGAGCUCGGUGAUCCAGGUGUUCCAGCAGCUGGGUUGUGCGGUGAUUGAUGUGGACGUCAUCGCCCGGCAUGUCGUCCAGCCAGGGUACCCCGCCCACCGGCGCAUCGUGGAGGCCUUCGGCACUGAGGUCUUGCUGGAGAAUGGCGACAUCGAUCGAAAGGUCCUGGGGGACCUGAUCUUUAACCAGCCUGACCGGCGGCACCUGCUCAACUCCAUCACCCACCCCGAGAUCUGCAAGAAAAUGAUGAAGGAGACCUUCAAGUUCUUCCUCCGGGGAUACCGCUACGUGAUUCUGGAUAUCCCCCUGCUGUUUGAGACCAAGAAGCUGCUCAAGUACAUGAAGCACACGGUGGUGGUAUACUGUGACCGAGACACGCAGCUGGCCCGGCUGAUGCAGCGGAACAACCUGAACCGCGACGACGCAGAGGCCCGGAUCAAGGCCCAGCUGCCCCUGAAGGACAAGGCCCGCAUGGCCCGCCACGUUCUAGACAACUCGGGCGAGUGGAGCGUCACCAAACGCCAGGUGGUCCUCCUGCACGCCGAGCUGGAGCGCUCCCUGGAAUACCUGCCACUGCGGCUCGGGGUCCUCACGGGGCUGGCCAGCAUCGCCAGUCUCCUCUACCUGCUCACCCACUACCUCCUGCCUUCCCCCUAGCGGGACCCUGCAAGGCAGGAAUUCCUGGGUCUCCAUCUCCUCAGAGGCUGAAACCAGGUAAUGAAUGCAUCCGGUUUCCUCCCAACCCCUCAGCACACACACUCUGGAUCUGGGCUGGAGCCCUGCACUGGGCCGACCCUUCCUCGGAGCACAUCCUGUCCGAGGCAGAGAAGCAGCCCUCUGUCAGCAGAUGCUCCUUCCCACCUCCCCCAGUGCCCCUCCCUCUGGAACAGUGACCAUCACGGGCUGUGGAAGCAACAGUGGUAGACUCUUGUAACUUUCUUGUGGGCGGGGGUGAGGAGCACCUUCAGUGGACGUCACCAGUGUUUAAAGCUGGGAGGGUCCCUGGGCUUGAACCCUUUCCUAGCACGUGCCCCGUCACGGCCAAAACCCCCUGUGUGGACCAUGGGAAAUCAGUUUAGACCAAGGGCUGCCUUCAAGCAGGAUUCCCCUGUAGAUUGAAGCCCUUGGCCAGGAGGCAGUAACAAUCCCCUUGUCGUGAUGCUGUAGUGAGGCAGAGGCCAGGCCUCUUCUGGGAUGACCCACUGUCCCACCGUGGCAUUUCCCUAGCACUCUCCGCACCCUGCUCCCCGCCUCCUACCACUCUACCUCCCUGAGCUCUUGCUAGGCUGCACGCGAUGCACCAGGCUGUUUCUGGCCUCUUUGCCUUCACCUUGCUGCUCCCCAAUCUGGAAAACCUUUUUUUUUUUUUCCCUACAACUGGUUACCUUCCAGCUCAGGCACCAUCUGAAGCCCCAGGCUGGGUUAGGUGCUCUGGGAUACCCCCUGCCCCACAUUUUACCUGAAUCCACAGUAUAAUAAUCAGCCAAAAACUGGUUAGUCUCUCCUACUAGACUGUAAGCCCUUUGAGGGCAGGAACUGUGUCUUAUUCAUCCGUGUUCCUGGUGCAGAGCCUGACUCGCCAUUGGUGCUGAAUAAAGUGUGUUGAUCUGAAA